GCUAGCCACGCCUCUAUCUCUCUUUUAAGGUAAGAGAAGAUAUAAGGUAGAGACUCCACGAUAAUUUUUGGUUUCUUGGUGUUGUUAUCUGCAAUAAUGUCUCGGCUUCUCUCCAAGCUCUCUCCCCUCAUUCACAAGCGGAGCGUUCGUUCGUUUUCAUCCUCCACGACCGGCCCAUGUGCUUCGAUUGCCAGCAUUGUAGAACCCUCGCCGGACGGUGGCCUCCUCGGACAUCUCCUGUUAUUCAACAUAGGAGAUUCCAAGUUAGUCAGUACGGACAAAACAUUUCCCAUUGAGCUUUUUGACGGGAAGUUGGUAGGAGCUUCGCAUGGAUGGGGACUUUUCUCCGAUAGAAGAGAUCGGUCGGUACUUAUCAGCGACUUUCUAAACCCUUACGCUUCCAAGUCAAAACCAGAGAUCAUUCACCUACCUUUUUUUACUUCAAUGUACAAUGGCCAAACCGAAGUCGUGUGCAACGUGGCCAUGUCCUCUUCUCCUCCUGAUCAAGAAUACCAAGAUUGGGUCGUUGGCAUCAAGUUCUUGGGUAGACAGCUGAGUCUCUGCAGUCCCCGUUGUGACCUGCGUUGGACUAACAUCCUAGCACCUUUUGAGUCAUGGGACAGCUCAAAACUUAUGUAUUCCAAGAAAGACCAAAGGUUCUAUUUGAUUGCUCCUGGAGGCAACUACUUAUGCUCCUGGGAUCUCAACUUUAAGGAAGACAAGAAGCCUAAGUUCCAUGAGUUGGUGUUGCACAACCUUCCCGACAUGCCACGUUCUCACUGGAAGCAAUUGGAUUCCUACUGCAGGGAGGAUCAUUGGGUGGAGUCACCUUCCGGUGAAAGUUUCCUUGUCAAAUGGUUCUGUGAAUACUCCCCUAAAAACUCCAGUAAAUGGUGCAAGUCACCGAUAGUAAUGGUCUUCAGAGAGGAAGAGACAAAAGAUGGAAGGAAAAACAUGCGUUACACAGACGACAUUGGAGAUCUGUGCAUUUUCAUUUCAAAGGGAGAGGAUUUCUGCGUCAAGGCGAGCUCUUGCCCUGGUCUCCACGCUAACUCCAUCUGUUUGCAUGGCCGUGUGUUUGCAACGGUCAAUCUCACGGAAAGAACCUAUGGCUGCUACGAAUAUCCUCAAGGCACACCAAGCAGGAUUCCUUAUUCACCCUACUGGCUUCCUCCGUUUUCUCCUUAGCCCUCUGUUUGCUUCAUUGAAUCAUUGGUGAUUGGUCUUA